AUGGACAAGGAAAGUCCCAAGGCAGUAGACCAGAACGUUCUGGCAGAAAUGAAGAAGAUCAUUGAAUUGUUCGCCCAAGAGACCACAUGCACAGGGAAGGAAGUAUUUGCAGAUGAUAAAUAUGCGUAUAGCCUAAUUGAUAACUACAAAAGUAGGAGGACGAAAAAUGUCGUUAUACACAUGCUAAAGAACGACAUUAAUAUAUUGUAUUACAAUGAAGAAUACAAGAAUAUAAUUUUUAUCAACUUUUUAAGAUUGUGCCAAUUAAAUAAUUUAAACGUAAAAAAGUAUCAUGAUAUGUUUUUAAAAUAUGAUAUUUUUUCAUAUAUUUUAAAUUCAGAAAAAUACCUACAUGCUUUUUUAAAGUCAAUUAUAAAUAAUGACAAAUUGUUGUGGGAUGUAAAUGCAGACCAUUUUGAAUUUAUUGCUUUUCCCAUGGGGGCCAGUGCACAGAAUGAAAAUGACCGAACGGGAAAUCUCGGUGACCAUUCCCAAGACAACUGCUACGUAUUGGAUGAAAAGCAAAAAUUAAAACUGGAUGAUCUUGUAGAAAAUUCCUCAGAUUGUUCUGACUCCUCAGCAUUUAGCGAAGACGAAAUUUCCGUAUCGUCUGAAUUUUCGGAAAAGUCCCCAUACAUCAUAAAUGGUAAGCAAGAGGUGAAUGGCUAUUUAUCCCACCCGUACAUGGGUACCAAUGUGGAGGAGUGCCAUAAAAAAGAAAAUGUCACUGUUGCGAAAAAGGAACAAAUUUUUCAGAAACUACAAAUCGGGAAGGAUGAAGUACCAGUGGAGGGAAUAAAUGACAGUACUAUAACCUUGCAGGAGGAAAAAAGCCGAAAUGAUCUCGAAGAGAACACCUUGUCCACGCUGAACAAUAUUAAUUUGAACCACUUAGUAGACGCAAUUGUGGACACGGGUAAAUGGGGUGAUGAGGAUACCUUGAAGGGGGGGAGGUGUAAGAAAAGCACCAAUGGGAUGGAGAAAAAAAGUAGCCUAAACGAAUCAAUCAUAGAAAAAUUUGUGACAAAGUCAGAAGAUGACCAAGAAGAGGUGCUCAAUUUACACAAAAAGGUUAAUAGCAUGGAGAAAAUUAUUAAACAUUUAAUUGGAGAAAUAAUGAAGAGAGAUAUGGUAAGGAAGGCGCCUCUAGGAAGAGUUUCCCUUGGAGUAGUACCCAUCGACGAAACUGAAAAGGCAGAACAAAAUGACACCGAGAAGAAAAACCAAGAGGAAUCUCCUCCAAGCGAUAUAACCAGCCCCACGAGCAAGGAUUGUGGAGAAUGCUCAGAAGACACAGACAGUAAAUAUUUCGAAAGCUACAACAACACAGGUAUACACAGAACUAUGAUUCUAGAUAAGAGCAGAACAAAUUCCUACUACGAAUUUGUAAAAAAAAAUAAAAAAAUAUUUGAAAAUAAAGUGGUCCUGGACAUAGGGUGCGGAUCUUCCAUCAUUUCUCUCUUCUGUGCUGACCACGCGAAAGUUGUUGUCGGAAUUGACAACGCCCAUAGGAUAUUAACAAAAGCAAAAAAAAUAACGGAGAAAAAUGGAGCCAGUAAUAUUUACCUCUUCGAAGGAAAAAUAGAACAAAAUAAUAUUUAUAUUGAUGAGAAGGAGGAAAUACAUUACAUUAACAAAAAGGAAGACUUAGAAAAAUAUAAAAAAAUUUAUAAUAUUAAAAACCUGCAAAUUCUCAAAUUUGAUAUUAUUAUUUCCGAAUGGAUGGGAUAUUUUUUAUUUUACGAAUGUAUGAUAGACACCAUUUUGUAUGCCAGAGAUUUCUACCUAAAAGAAAAUGGCUUGUUACUUCCAAACAAGGUUUAUCUAUACCUAGCCGGUUAUAAUGACACAGAAUAUAUAAAUGAAAAUAUUUUAAUUUGGGAUAGCCCACUCUAUGGAAAAGACCUCUCGGAAUUAAAACCCAAUUCGAAGAAUUUUAUGGAGAAUGCUAAAAUUAUCAAUCUAGACAAAAAUAAAGUAUCCACUCAAGUGGUUAAUUAUGCCAUAAUUGAUAUGUACACAUAUCGUAAAAAUGAAAAUGUAUAUAUUUCUUCUGAUUUUAAAAUAGCAGUUAAUAAUGGAAAAGUGGUGACCAGUUUGGGUUUUUAUUUCGAUUGCCAUUUUGAAGCUUAUAGAUGUUAUGCUGAUGAAUCAAGCCACAGUGGGAAGGAUUUGACUCCCACUGCGGAUGAAUGCACAAAUAUCAUCCUAACAACGAGCAUGUUCAAGGAAGAAACGCACUGGAGGCAGACACUAUUGCAUUUACACUGUCCAAAUUUUACCAUCGCUAAUAUUUCUGCUCCCGCGGAAGGGACACACCCCAAUGAGUUGUCCGGCAGAAUAUUCAUAUCAUCGGCGGGUGAACACUCCAGAAAUGUUACUGCUCUUUUGCAGAUUAAAAAAAAUGAGUCCAUGAAUGUGGACGACGACUGGACGUGUUGGUACUCCCUCGACUGA